AGGGGGGGGUGAAGUGUAGCGCAUUCCUUGAGAGAGAAUCCAGCCCUUUUCUUCUCUCCCAGCCGGCUUGCAGCGAGGCAGCUCAGGUCGCGCACGCAGCAGACUCAUGAGAUUUGUCUGAAAUUGAGAGAGCUUUGUGGUCGGUAGGGAAGUUAGGAGAAGGCUUAUUCGCCUAAAUAGCGAGUAUUGCUGCGAAAACAAUUUGUAGCCUACUUUGUGUCGCAGAGAAUUGAUUUAGUCUGUUACCCGUUUUCGUGACCAUGGUUUCACAACGGAGACCAACUCACUUGUACGGGUGGGCAUUGAUGAUAGUCGCCGUUUUCUGUCAACGGUGUCACGGAAGUUGUCCGGAGAAAGACUUGGAGAAAAGGGAAGAGGAGGCGAACGUAGUUUUGACUGGUACCGUUGAAGAAAUCAUGAACAUGGACCCAGUGCAUAAUACAUACUCGUGCAAGGUGAGGGUAUGGCGGUACCUGAAAGGCAAGACCAUGGUCAACGGCGAGGUUCUUCUGGACGGCGGCAACAAGGUGAUGAUCGGCGGCUUCGGGGACCCUGUGAUAUGCGACAACCAGGUUGCCACUGGCGACACGCGCAUUUUCUUUGUCAACCUGGCCCCGGAGUACAUGUGGCCGGCACAUAGGAACGAGCUGAUGCUCAACUCCAGCCUGAUGAGGAUUACCCUGCGUAACCUGGAGGAGGUGGAGCACUGUGUGGACGACAAACCUGUUCACUUCACGCCGGCCCAGCCUCCUGAUGGUUGCAGAGGUAUGCUGUGCGGCUUCGGGGCGGUGUGUGAGCGUGAAGCGGCUGACCCCUCUAAGGCGGAGUGUGUAUGCAAGAAGAUGGUUUGUCCGUCGGUUGUGGCACCCGUGUGCGGCUCAGACUCCUCCACCUACUCCAACGAGUGCGAGCUGGAGAAGGCCCAGUGCAACACGCAGCGACGCAUCAAGGUGCUGCGCAAGGGACCCUGUGCCCUGAAGGAUCCAUGCAGCGAGGUGAUCUGCAGUUACGGCAGCACCUGCAUCCAGUCAUCGGACGGCCUGUCGGCCAAGUGCAUGUGCCCGCUGAGCUGCGAAGGCAAGCCCGAGCAGGUGAUGUGUGGCAGCGAUGGCCAGGACUACCGCAAUGAGUGUGAGCUCCACAAGCAGGCCUGCCAUACCAAGAAGAACAUCCGCCUUCAGCGCCAGGGAUCCUGCAACCCAUGUAAAGGCCUCGAGAACAACCUGAACGUUGCAUGCCGGGUGGAACCGCGCACCCACCAGCCCCUGAAUAUCCCCCGCCCGGAGUCCUGCCCAGCCGUCAAUGAGCCACUGUGUGCCAGCGAUGGGCAGACGUACGAGAGUGAGUGCCAUAUGAAGCGGACGGGCAUGCAGAAGGGCAUUGAACUCAAGAAGAUCCACCCGGGCCGCUGCAAGAAACAAGAGGAGUGCAGGGAGGAGUGCAAGUUCAACGGCGUGUGCCAGGUGGAGCGUCUGGGCAUGCGCUGCUCCUGCGAGCCCAUCCAGUGCGAUGGCACCUACAAGCCGCUGUGCGGCAAGGACGGCCACACCUACAUCAAUGACUGCGAGCGCCGGCGGGCUGAGUGCCAGGCCAAGGCCCAUAUUCCCGUCAAGCAGCAAGGCCCGUGUGAUCUACACACUCCCAGCCCGUGCCUGGGGAAGACCUGCGAGUUCGGGGCCGCGUGCGUGGUGAAGAACAACGAGCCCGUGUGCGAGUGCCAUGGUGCCUGCCCCCAGAUGCCCGACCUGGUGUGCGGCAGUGACGGCCACAGCUACGGCAGCCAGUGUGAGAUGAAGGCCAUGGGCUGCGCCCUGCAGAAGGAGAUUCACAUCCAGCACCGAGGACCCUGCGACGAGGCGUGUGCCAACUGUUCGUUUGGGGCGAUCUGCGAUGGGCAGUCUGGCCGCUGUGUGUGCCCGCAGGAGUGUGUGGAGUCCCACCAACCGGUGUGCGGCAGCGACGGCUCCACCUACGACAGCGAGUGUGAGCUCCACGUGCGUGCCUGUACCGAGCAGCUUGACCUGCGCGUGCUUGCCCAGGGAGAAUGCAAGACGUGCGGUAGCGCCGUGUGUGCCUGGGGGGCCCGCUGCGUCCAGAACAAGUGCGAGUGCCCGCAAUGCCAGGGCCAGGCCUUCUCGCCCGUGUGCGGCAGCGACGGCUUCACCUACGACAACACCUGCGAGCUGGGCGUGGCCUCCUGCGUCCUCAAAAAGAAGAUUGAGGCGGCCAAGCCUGGCAGCUGCGACGAAGAGUGUGGUUCAGGAGGAUCGGGGUCAGGUAUUGAGAGCUGCGAACAGGACAGGUGUCGUACGUUUGGAGGAUCGUGGGACGAGGACGCAGAGGACGACCGCUGUGUCUGUGACUUCGACUGCCAUCGCGUGCCUCGCAACCCCGUGUGUGGCUCAAAUGGGAAGACCUACAGCAACGAGUGUGAAAUGAAGAAGGCUAGGUGUGAAAAGCAGGAGCACCUGCUGAUCCAGAAUCAGGGACCCUGUACAGCGAUUUCGGCCACCUCUCCGACAAAGCUGCCAGCACAGGAACACUGCAGUUUGUCAGUCUAUGGCUGUUGCCGUGACAACAAGACGGCGGCCCUUGGUGUGGGACUUGCCGGAUGCCCCAGUACAUGCCAGUGUAACCCGUACGGCUCCUACAAGGGGACUUGUGACCCGGGCAGCGGCCAGUGCUCCUGUAAGCCCGGCGUCGGGGGACAGAAGUGCGACCGCUGCGAUCCAAGCUUCUGGAACUUCCGCGGCAUCGUCACAGAGAACUUGAGCGGCUGCACACCGUGUAACUGCGACGCGGUGGGCUCGGUGAGGGACGACUGCGAGCAAAUGUCAGGCCUGUGCUCCUGCAAGACGGGAGUGAAGGGCAUGAAGUGCAACGUGUGCCCCGACGGCAGCAAGAUGGGUAUGAGCGGCUGCGACACAGGUGCCGAUGCCCCAACUUCAUGUGAUGAGCUGGACUGCAAGUUUGGCGCGUUGUGUGACGAGGUCAAUGGUCAAGCCCACUGCGAAUGUCCCUCUCCCGACUGUGACGAGAAGAACAAGACCAAGGUGUGUGGCUCUGAUGGGGUGACCUACGCUGACCAGUGCCAGCUGAGGACCAUUGCCUGUAGGCAGGACAAGCACAUCACAGUGGAACGCUUUGGCCAGUGUACAGAAAGCAUCAUAGAGCCGGCCGGCCGAUCCACUCUUUACCCCCCCACCUCCCACGCCGCCGCCACCACCCCCUCCACCGCCCACGUCAGGCUCACGUCGCCGCACUACGGUGCAUCACUCUCUCCCUGGGACGAUGAUCAAAUGAAGGGGCCCGGCCUCUUUCGUGGAAGCCUUGCCACCCCCCAUGGCCACGGAGAGCGCGCUCACCACCAACCGCCCCGUCACCACCCCCCGCCACCCACCUCACUCCACCACCCCCACCUGCCUGGACACACCAGCCCUGGCUCCUCCCCUACCGCCUUUGAAGACUCAGGGAGCGGCGAGCCCAGCGGAGACGACCAGGUGGCGGAAGAGGAGGAGAAUGAGGAAGAAGGUAGCGCCUUCGGAGUUCUGGAGGCGAGCGGAGAGGAGCCUGUUGACCCCACAGCUGCGGCCACCACCAUCCCCACGGCGGAAGAUCGCUCGUCGUGUGACAACACUCCCUUCGGCUGCUGUCCCGACGGCAAGACGGCCUCCAGCAGCCCUGAGGGAGCCAAUUGCCCCCCCACCAUGAGGUUCAGCGGCUUCCUGCACCUAGACCAGGUGGAGGGCCAGGAGGUCUUCUACACCCCAGAGAUGGAGGAUCCCAAGUCUGAGCUGUUUGGGGAGACGGCCAGGAGCAUCGAGAGUGCUCUGAACGAGUUGUUCCGGAAGUCAGAGGUGCAGAAAGACUUCAUGAGUGUCCGCGUCCGCAGCCUGGCUCCCAGCAACUCCAUCUUGGCCUUCGUCGAGGCCCACUUUGACUCAGAGACCAGGUACACAGUGGAGGACAUCGAGGGAGCUCUGCUCAAGCAGCUGAAGGCAGCCAAGGAGACGGCCAUCAUGGUGAAGAAGCCAGAGGAGGAGAACAUUCGCUUCACCAACUACGGCCUCUCCUCCCUCCCCUACUUCACCACAACCACCACUACAACGGCCACAGCCACCACCCCCACUGCCAGCCCCUCCCCCUUCAUCACAAGCCGUCCCCCGGGCACCACCCGCCGCCCUUACACCAGCCGCCGGACCACCACCGCCCCCACGCCAGUGACCACACCGGCCCCCACUACUACCAUCACCCCCCUCCACAGGACCAGGCCUGUGCCCCACAACACCAAGGCCCAGCGGCCCUGCGACUCCCACCCCUGCCGCCACGGGGGCACCUGCGAGGACGACGGUGCCGACUUCACUUGCAUCUGCCCCGCCGGGAGAGGGGGUGCCGUCUGCGAGAAACUGAUCAAGUACUUCAUUCCGUCGUUCGGGGGUAAAUCCUACCUGGCCUUUGACACCAUGAAGGCUUACCACACGGUCCGCAUCGCCAUGGAAUUCAGGGCCGCCGAGAUGACGGGCAUCCUCCUCUUCAAUGGCCAGGACGGCAAGAAGGACUUCCUGUCUCUCACCCUGGUCAACGGCAAGGUGGAGCUCAAGUUCAACACAGGUUCGGGCACAGGCACCUUGGUCAGCAAGGUCCAGGUUAAGCAGGGUCGCUGGCACCAGCUGGUAGUGACAAGGAACCGGCGCAACGCCAUGCUGAGCGUGGACAAUGAGACCCACAUCGACGGCGCCAGCCCCCCCGGCACCGACGGCCUCAACCUGGACACUCACCUGUUCAUCGGAGGGGUGCCCGAAGACAUGAUGACAGAUGUGAAGGAGAGAACCUCCAUCGGUACGGGUCUGGUGGGCUGUGUGCGCAUGCUGGACGUCAACAACCUGGUGUACAACCUGCAGGAGAAGAGCGGCAACGUGCUGUACGGCACCGGUGUGGGCGAGUGCGGCAACAAUCCGUGCCAGCCUAACCCUUGCAAGAAUGGCGCCCCAUGCCAGGUCAAGGAGGCCGAGAUGUUCCACUGCAAGUGCAUCAACGGCUACUCCGGUCCGACGUGCGCCGACACCCACAACCCGUGCGAGCCCAACAGAUGCCACCCCUUGUCCCAGUGCCAGGUGCAGCCGGAGGGAGGGUACAAGUGCGAGUGUCCCAUGGGUCGCGAGGGACGCCACUGCGAGAAAGUGUCGGAGAAGAAAGGGGCCUACAUGCCGUUCUUUAGCGGAGACUCUUACCUGGAGCUGAAGGGAUUGCACACCUACGGUCACGAUCUCCACCAAAAGGUCAGCAUGACAGUGGUGCUCAUGGCCAAUGACUCCAACGGCAUGAUCUUCUACAGCGGCCAGAAGACGGACGGCAAAGGUGACUUCAUCUCCCUCUCCCUCAACGACGGCAUCCUGGAGUUCCGCUAUGACCUGGGCAAGGGCCCCGCUGUCAUCAGGAGUAAAGAUAAGAUCAAGAUGGGCGUGUGGAACACAGUGAACCUGGAGCGGGCCAAUCGAAAGGGAGAGAUUAACAUCAACGGAAAGGACCCAGUCAGAGGAGAGUCGCCGAACCAACACACCGCUCUCAACCUGAAGGAGUCUCUGUUUGUGGGUGGUGCUCCUGAUUUCAGCCGGCUAGCAAGGGCCGCCUCGCUCAAAGAUGGCUUCAAGGGGACCAUUCAGAAGAUCACCCUGAUGGGCACGCCCAUCCUCCGGCAGGAGAACGCGCUGCACUCCAGUGACGUGGCCAUGUUCGAGGGCCACCCCUGCAGCCGUGAGCCCUGCCACAACGGGGGUCGCUGCAACCCCCUGCUGGAGAGCUAUGAGUGUGUGUGCCUCCUCGGCUUCACAGGCACACACUGUCAGAACACCAUCUUCGAGAAGUCCGCCGGGGAAACGGAGUCCAUCGCCUUUGACGGCCGGACAUUCAUUGAGUACCACAACGCCGUCACCAAGAGUGAGAAAGCCCUGCUGGUGAACAAGUUUGAACUGAGCAUUAAGACCGAGGCCACUCAGGGCCUGGUGCUGUGGAGUGGUAAGGGCGUGGAGCGAUCUGACUACAUCGCCCUGGCGGUGGUGGACGGCCGUGUGCAGAUGACCUACGACCUGGGCUCCAAGCCUGUGGUGCUGCGCUCGACGGUCCGCGUUAACACCAACCGCUGGAUCCACAUCAAGGCCAGCAGAGCACUUAGGGACGGCUCUCUCCAGGUGGGCAACGAGGCAGCGGUCACAGGGUCGUCGCCCCUGGCAGCCACUCAGCUGGACACAGACGGAGCCCUCUGGUUGGGUGGCUUAGAGGAGUUGGCUGUGGCCCGGAGACUGCCUAAGGCCUACAGCACAGGUUUUGUGGGCUGUGUAAAGGAUGUCGCGGUGGACGGCGUGGAGCUCCACCUGGUGGAGGACGCCCUGAACAGCCCCAAAAUAUUACACUGUUCCGCCUCUGGCACAGCCGCCAUGGCCAAAAAAUAGCCUGGCUAAAAUCACUCCCUCCAUAAACGCCAUGUCUACUGCUGUAAUUAUUUUAUAUUUUUGUAUACUUUUCAUUGCUUUUUAUAUUGAAAAUAAAAAGAAAUACGUUGUUUUAAUUUUUUUUUUUUUUUAUAUAUAUAUUUUUUUGUUUUCUGCGCCUCCUGUUCAUUCAUUAUCCCCGCCCUGAAACGCAGGUGUACAUACCGUACAUAUACGCGUACUUUUGUGUGAUGUCGCGAGACAAGUGUAAGCUGUAUUCAUUGUGUUGUUUUGUUGUUUUAAAACAAACAUGAACAAAACCUCUCCCUCGCUCAUUACUUGAACACUGGUGAAUCACAUUGGUGCUCUCUAUUAUUUCCUUGUCUUGAUGCCAUAUCAUUCACUACCACACAACAGAGCCUAUGGAAAUACAUACAAACAUUCCCCUGUGAGAUAAAUGCAGUCGAGACACACUGCUGUUUCCUUGGUCAUUGUCAUUAGAGCACACUGUUACAAAACGUUUUUUAAAAACAUUUUGCAACGGAAAAUGAAAACGGGCAUGUUUUAUUUGGCGUGUCUGUUUUCUUCCGUUUCGUGCCUAAUGAACAGGACAAUGGUAUCCUAGAACCAUCUGCUUGUAACCAAUAGGGCUGCUCAGAAUGAACUUCUUCAACCGCUUAAUCAAACUCCUCAAACAGCGCAAAUGCUCUACAUUGCCUCUCAAUCAACGACUUGAGUUUUGAAAUGAUUCGCAAACCCCCAGAGCUGAACAAAAACAAAGUGCCCUGCAUUCAAGGACAACACACAUAUCAUCAUUCCACAACAUGCAUCAAUCAAGAAAUGUAAUAAUAAUUGAAUUAAAUAAAUGUAAUAAAUAUAGACUAUAUAAAUACCUGAGACUGUGAAUAUGUAAGAUUGGUUCUCUUCUCAAGAAUUGUGAAUCUCAUGUAUUGUGCUUUCUAUUUUACAAUCAGGAUGACCAUUAGUUGCAUGCAGUUUCUGCAGUGUUGAUUUUGUUUUGUUUUGGUUUCACUGUGUUGCCGGCCAAGUGGAUUACCUGUCGCAAACACGCAUUGUGUUUUACAAAACGGUUCAACUAUCUGGUUUCACUGAGCUAGGAUAACUAUUUCAUUUUGGUGGGGUCCUUUUUUGAGCACUUGUUUUUCUAUUGGAGUUUGUUUUGCUGGACUUGGAAUGGCUCAAAAGGACAGGUUGUUGUUGUUACCGCAACUGGCCUGGUGGGAGUGCUAUAAGCUCAGGCUGAAGAGAGGACCGACCAAGAGGAAGAAGCGAGAUACUGUAUCAUACCAGAGGAGACAAUAGGACCCUCAAAUGCUCAGUCAUGGAAUGUUCAGUAGUCAAUGAAAUUCUUCAGUCUUUCAAACUUCAAUGUCCAUUUUUUGAUCAAAUUGGAAUGAAGACUGGGUUAUACUUUCUCUUGCAUUAAGAGUGAUCCAUCUCUUGCUGUUGGAAAAGUGAUAAUGUGAUGAGUUGGGACAUUUGGCAGCAAAAUGAGGAAAAAAAUAGCAAACAUAAUCGCAAUUACUAAUAAACGUACUUAUGCAUGGGUUUGUAUUGUCGAGAUGAAUUCUGUAACAUCCAAAAACUCACAAUGCAAUGCAAAAACUAAACUGCAAUGACUGACAUAAACCCACUCUGUUUUGAUAUAUAAGAUACUUGGCAAUAUUAUAAGAGAAAACAAAUGCUUGUUCAAGGUUGAGUAUCAGUGGUAUUGUAUUAGUUUGUUUAAGUUCUUCAUUAUUUCCCCCCCCCCCGCGAUACAACAACGGCCAUUUUGUACAGCCCUGAAAUUUGUAAGUGAAAAUUUUGCAAUGUGUAAAACUGUAGAGGUUAUGUUUUUAGUGCUAUACACUGGAAAUAAGUCUGACUUGUCUGUUCACUACACACAAUAAUGAUGUUCCUAUGUCAAUGAGGAGGGGAGGAGCAUCAAAGUAUAUGGCUUUUGAGUGUAAUCAAGGACUAGUGUCCAUUCCAAGACCAGGAACCCUGUGUGUGUGUGUACAACACUGUAUUUACAUGUUGUAUUACUGUUGAAUUGGACCUAUUCCAGUAGUAGUUCAUGAGCAGUGGGUUCCUGUGUUAGUGGCACUCAGAAGACAAGUGGCGCAGGCUCAAGAGUGAGACGACACGAUCUAAUGUCGGGGUGGUAAAAACUAUCUAUGAAUUGCCUUAAAACAGGUCAGCGGCCUACAGGUUGACAAAGUCAUUGUCCAUACUGUUCUGUGCUCUUACAUUGGCCAGCAUACUAGCCUCAUCAUCUUCAUGUAAAUUAAUACAUAAUAAUUAUAUUAAUAAUUCUCAUACAAAUCCUCAGAGGGACGCACAAAUGGUCGACCUCUGGCUUUACAUAAAAUAUACUAUUUACUGUUUGAAUCUAUUUUCUGUUCCUUAUUUAUGUCUUCAUGUGGAUUCCGUCUGGCCUCUGUAAACUACUGUUUGAUUGAGACACUCCCGAAGGGCAGUGCACUGAGUAAGAGUGGCAUGACCUGAUCAUUACUAACUUUAUUACCUUUGUCUUGUGUUCCUACCACCAUGAAAUAAAGUGUCAAACAAACAGA